GGCGGUGACGGCAGCCGGGAAGGAGGCGAUGACGGGCGCGCGGCCGUGCGCCGCGGAGGAGCGCAGGUCCCGGGAGCGCGGCAGCUGCGGAGGAGCGGCGGCCGAGGCGGCGGCGGGCGGCAUGGACGGGGCGCGGGGCGCUGGCCGGGCGCUGGCCGCGCUGCUGCUGGCCGCGUCGGUGCUGAGCGCCGCGCUGCUGGCCCCCGGAGGCUCCCCGGAGCACGGUGCCGAGGCCGCCCCGCCGCGAGCAGACUUAGAUAAAAAAAGGCAUGUAGAGCUGAAGAUGGACCAAGCGUUGCUGCUCAUCCAUAACGAACUACAUGGAACAAACCUGACUGUCUACUGGAAUUCUGAACGCUGUUAUCAUUGCUCAUUUCAGGUUCUAGUAAAUGUUUCCUGGAGUGGAAAACCUGGGAAGCCUAGCAUUGCGGCGGUUGCUGUGAGCACCCAGCAUGGAUCUAUCCUGCAACUUAAUGACACUGUGGAAGAGAAGGAAGUUUGUAGGCUGGAAUAUAAAUUUGGAGAAUUUGGAAACUAUUCACUCUUGGUAAAGCACGUCCAUAAUGGAGUCAAUGAAAUUGCUUGUGACGUAGUUGUCAAUAAGAAUCCAAUUGACAGUAACCUUCCUGUGUGUGUCGCUUUCCUUAUUGGUGUGGCAAUCAUCAUUGCAGUCUCAUUUCUCAGGUUUUUACUGAGUUUGGAUGACUUUCAUAAUUGGAUUUCUAAAGCAAUAAAUUCACGGGAAACUGAUCGCCUGAUCAAUUCUGAGCUGGGGUCUCCAAGCAGGGCAGACUCACUCGGUGGUGAUACUCAACCAGGAGGAUGGUGUCCACCUGCCUCGCCUCCGCGCCUCCGCUGUGUAGACACAUUCAGGGGGAUAGCUCUCAUCCUUAUGGUCUUCGUUAAUUAUGGAGGAGGAAAAUAUUGGUACUUCAAACACUCAAGUUGGAAUGGACUGACAGUGGCCGACCUCGUAUUCCCAUGGUUUGUAUUUAUUAUGGGAUCUUCGAUUUUUCUGUCAAUGACUUCCAUAUUGCAGCGAGGAUGUUCAAAACUCAAAUUGAUGGGGAAAAUUGGAUGGAGGAGUUUCUUGUUAAUCUGUAUAGGAAUGUUCAUUGUGAACCCCAAUUACUGCCUUGGUCCAUUGUCUUGGGAUAAGGUGCGAAUCCCUGGUGUGCUCCAGCGGCUGGGGGUGACCUACUUUGUGGUUGCCGUGUUAGAGCUCAUCUUUGCCAAACCUGUGCCUGAAAGCUGUGCCUCGGAGAGAAGCUGCUUUUCCCUUCGAGACAUCAUCUUCAGCUGGCCCCAGUGGCUCUUCAUUCUGAUGCUGGAAAGCAUUUGGCUGGGCUUGACAUUCUUCUUGCCUGUUCCUGGAUGUCCUACUGGUUAUCUCGGACCUGGUGGCAUUGGAGAUUUGGGGAAGUAUCCAAAUUGUACUGGAGGAGCUGCUGGCUACAUUGACCGCUUGUUUCUGGGCGAUGACCACAUUUACCAGCAUCCUUCUUCGGCCGUGCUUUAUCACACCGAGGUGGCCUACGAUCCAGAGGGAAUCUUAGGGACCAUCAACUCCAUUGUAAUGGCAUUUUUAGGAGUUCAGGCAGGAAAAAUACUCUUGUAUUACAAGGACCAGACCAAAGACAUACUGAUCAGAUUCACUGCCUGGUGUUGUUUUCUAGGGCUUAUUUCUAUUGCUUUGACGAAAAUUUCUGAAAAUGAAGGCUUUAUUCCAAUAAACAAAAAUCUGUGGUCCAUUUCCUAUGUCACCACACUGAGCUCCUUUGCCUUCUUCAUCCUGCUUAUCCUGUACCCUAUUGUGGACGUGAAGGGACUGUGGACAGGGACCCCGUUCUUCUACCCAGGAAUGAAUUCUAUUCUGGUGUACGUUGGCCACGAGGUGUUUGAGAACUACUUCCCCUUCCAGUGGAAGCUGGGGGACAACCAGUCACACAAAGAGCAUCUAACUCAGAACAUAGUCGCCUCUGCACUUUGGGUGCUCAUUGCCUACAUUCUCUAUAAAAAGAAGGUUUUUUGGAAAAUCUGACAGCUCCCACCCAGAUGUGUUGCUGGCAGACUCUAGUGGGCCUGGGGGAUGUGUUGAAGCAGCCUUUAUUAGAGGGAACCAUUAAUUAAAAAUCGAUAGGAUGUGUGUUUCCAGAUGAUGGGGAAGAACCCGAUGUACUCUGGCUGGUUUACUGUGACACAGCUGUUCAUCAGAACCCUGCCUGGAUGUUUGGGACUUCUGUAUUUGCAAUGGAGUUGUCUUUUUUUCUCCAUCUUCUAUGUAAAUGUAUUUAGAACCUCAUUCUGAGGAUUUCUCAUAUAACUUUCCAACAGGGAAUUACCGUGGGCAUUUUGCGUCUGUGACGGAUAAAACAACGUAAAGUCUAAUUUGUAUUGACCUUGUUUUCCUGCAAACGGCCUUUCCACAUGCACACGUGCCAACCAAGAAUACCAUCAUUUCUGUUGCGGCUGACUGUGAGGCUUAUCGAAUAUGAGGUGUAGUAAUGUAGCCUAAUAUUUUCUGGUUAAGUGCACUUUAAUAUUUCAAGAGAGAGUAAUUUCCUUUUCAGCUCUGCAAGGCAUUGCUGGUCCAAAAAAUGCCUUUCUAUCAGAAGCCAUUCUCUCCUGUUCCCCACUUGAAAAAGAAGUUAAAAUAUAAAUGUGUUAUUCCCAGUCACUCUUGCUCCUAGUUCCCUACUUACGUACCUGUUUGUCUGUCUGUCUACCCAUCUAUCUGUCUUUCUGUGUGUCAGAUGGUAGCUGGCACCCAGGGUACAGUCGUGGCAGAGAGAAAACACACUGUCUUGCUUGUGGUGCCAGUUCCACCAUCCUUGCCAUGUGAGAUGCCAGCAAGUCUUGUGGCCUCUCAGGGCCUCGGUUUCCUCAUUUGUGAAAUGAGGGAGAAAGUGAUGACCUCUCUGGUCCCUUCCAGCUCUUAGGCUCAGUGAGGCAGGAUACAUCGAUCAUUUUUCUGAAAUCCUUAGGAAAAUAAUUUUAUUACAGAAAACUUCAAAAUAAGUGAUAAUGAAAAGGUUAAAAAACUCUCAUUGGAGUAAAUCUUUUCAGAAUGACCCUCCACAGUGGAGGCAAGCAACUUUCCUGCUUGGAAUCCUAACACCGAAGACAUGGUUUCUCAGGAGUGAAGACAGGAGAGCACGCAAAGGGAAACAGCACGUUUCAUAUGAUGCAUCAUCAUGCUUCUGACUUUUCUGGGAGAGUUCCGUAUAGAAGGAAAGGUGGAACAGGUUGUACUUCGCGUGGUGACCCGGGGCCACCUCCACGGGGCUGUGGCUGUUGCCACUGACAGACGGCUGUCUGGCUGGUGUUCCAGCUUGGACCUCUACCCCGGACCCUCAACUCCACUGUAACGGCCCACUGGACCCUCCACCUGGACGCCCGCCAGCACCCAUCCUCCCUUCUUCCCGCCUCUCUUCCCACAUUCAGACUUUUCAUCUGGAUUUUCCUAGCUCGUGGAUGGGUCUCUUUGUCUCUAGGUAUGAAACUCCGUCACAUUUCACCCCCCUUUACCUCCUUUAUCUCCGUUUUCCAUAUUUAGCCAUUCUCCUCUCUUGUCACUUCCAUCCCAUCUUCCAUCCGAAAAGCCUGCAUUCUCACUGUGGCUGCCUUGUUACUCUAAUCCGGGCUCUUGUAAUCAUUUGUUUUUAAACCUCUUUUUAUAUAUUUUGAGAAAGGGAGAGACAGCAUGUGAGCGGGGGAGGGGCAGAGAGAGAGGGAGACACAGAAUCUGAAGCAGGCUCCAGGCUCUGAGCUGUCAGCACAGAGCCCCAUGUGGGGCUCAAACCCAUGAACCUCAAGAUCAUGACCUGAGCUGAAGUUGGACAUUUAACCGAUUGAGCCACCCAGUUGCCCCUAUAAUUAUUUUUAAACGGGCCUCCUCCUUCAGCCCUUCCCUCUGUAAAGUCGCUAUCCAUUGCCUCUAAAUUAAGCUUUAUAAAGCAGAGCUUGAGUAAGAUCACCUCUGCAACAGCUUUGCCUGGCAUUAUGUAUAGAACCACCCUCAGGGGAGCCCACACAGCUUCCAGACACAUCUUCCAGCCACCUGUCCCAUGCCGGGCCCACCCUCCUCCUCCCCCCUCAGCACUUAGCACCUCCCGCUUCUGACUUUGGAGUCUUCUGGUUUAUUUUUUUCCCCUUAAUUUGCUCCCGUGUACACCUGACCUGUAGACCCCCUACUUCUAAGGCAACUUCUCUAAUCUCAUAUUUUCAUCCAAAAGUAGUAUUUUCUUCCUCUCAUAAUACUCUACUGGGAUCAGUCCCAUGGCAUUUUAUUGCUUUCUGCCUCGUAUGAUGGUUCCUUGUGUACAUGUCUAAUUUCCCGCACUAGACUGUGAGCUUAAGGGCAAGAAUUAUGUCUUGUUCAUCUGCGUAUUCCUCCUGGUGCAAACACAGUGCCUCGUACUUAGGCGCUAAAUAAACAUUUAUUAAAGCAAA